GGAGGAUGUCACAGUAAAAAAACAAGUAGAGGGUGAGGCUGUUACCGUGAAAGAAGAAGAGAAAGACGUUACAUUGACCGAAGAUGAAGAAGCUUUUAGAGUGAAAGAGGAGGAGGAUGUCACAGUGAAAGAAGAGGAAGACGCGUUCAGAGUGAAAGAGGAGGAGGGGGAGAUGACUGUCGCAGUGAAAGAAGAGGAAGACAUUUUUGGAAUAAAGGAAGAGGGGGAGAUUACUGUCACAUUGGAAGAAGAAGAAGAGACUGGAGAUCUGAUUAACAACAGAGAGAGACCAGACUCUCCCUCUGAGAGCGGGAAGAGUCCUUCAGGGGAACCAGACCCAGAGACGUCCAAUCCAGCGAUGCGACACCACUGCUCCCAGUGUAGUAUGGGUUUUAAGUGGUUAUGGAAGCUAAAAGAGCAUGAAAGGAAACACACAGGAGAAAAGCCCUUCCAAUGCUCCCAGUGUGGAAAGAGAUUCUCACGAUCACAUGACCUAAAAUCACAUGAGAGGACACACACAGGGGAAAAACCACACAAUUGCUCCCAGUGUGGAAAGCUUUUUUCCCGUUUAGAUAACCUGAACAAACAUAAGAGGAUACACUCUGGAGAGAAGCCUUACUCCUGUUCCCAUUGUGGAAAGAAUUUUAGGUCGUCAGAUAAACGGAAGGCGCAUGAGAGGACGCACACAGGCGAGAAACCUUACCAUUGCUCCCUGUGUGGAAAGGAUUAUACCAAGUUAGGGAACCUGAAAGAUCAUGAGAAGAAACACACAGGAGAAAAGCCUUACCACUGCUCCAAGUGUGGAAAGAGAUUUUCAACAUCAUCAGACCUAAUAAGGCAUGCGCGGACACAUACAGGGGAGAAAUCUUACCGUUGCUCACAGUGUGGAAUUAGUUUUUUACGAUCACAUGACCUAAAAUCACAUGAGAGGACACACACAGGGGAAAAACCACACAGUUGCUCCCAGUGUGGAAAGUGUUUUUUGCAUUUAGGGAACCUGAACAAACAUAAGAAAAUACACUUUUGAAAAAUUAACAGAAAAAUAUGAAAAUGAAAUAUUUACACAACAAA